AACUUUCCCAUCCACAGCACCCACCACAUUCCAUCAAAACUAACCCCCUCCCCGUCUCAAUAGGCCCUAUAAAGUGCAUUCCCCAAUAAUAAACUCAUCUUUCUGCUCGCCUCCGCGUAGAUUAGCGGGUGCGCAUGGAAGGUGAAGGCUGAUGAGCGUUGAGAGUCGCUGGAGGAAGGUGCAGUGCUUGCUGCGUGUCGGGCUUCACUCAGGGUUUGACGUGCCCCGACGGCGGUGCCGCCUGCACCAGAGGGCCAUCGACGACAACGACGAGGGCCGAGUGUGUCUGUGUGCGGCUGCUCAUUCGUUUACUCUGAGAAUAUUGGCGGUCGGGGAAUCUUUGUGACUUUCCAUCAUACACCAAAAGAAGAGCACCCUGAAUCUGGCCCUGCGCUCUCAGCACAAACGCAACGCACGCGGUCUCUUUUUCUUUGCUCCUGCUUCUUCUGCUGCUACUAUUGACAUAUUCACGGUCUUUUACUGCGAGGGAGAAGGGAUUCGGACGCUCUUUACGAAAACAGACUGGCAGUCACAGACGCACGUUGCCGCGUAACCUUGUUUCCCAUUCUAUUCAGCUUUCUUGAAGCCACUCACACAGGGCCAUUGUAAAAAAACAAACAGGCUUGCACCCGCCGCUGCGAGCCCCAAAGAGGGAAGAGGCAGGCAGAAAAACGCGCCCUUCAAGUCGCCCGCCCGAGAGACGCACGCAGCCAGGGCCUUCGAUCUCUGCAAUUCCGUCAGCAGUGGGCCAGGCGUGCUAAUCCCAAACCUCUUGAGUCUCUCUCGGCUUAGCGCCGUCUGACCACGGCCCAGCUGGCAAACAACCGUCCUCGCCGCAAAAGGCUUAGCGCGCUCUGCUGGACCGCAUCCCCGCGCAUCCCUGUCGCGUCGCCCCAAUAAGCUUGCACCGCCUCUUGCCGAGUCCAGACUACGAGUCCAGAUUACCGCAGAGUUCAAGCCACAAUGGCAUCCAAUCACGUGCACCCGCCCGAUCCCUCCUUACAGAAUGUCUCCAUAUUCGGUGCUGAGGGCCAAGAUCAUCUUCCCUUUACUGAUCCGUACUCCCAAGGCUCGGCCUUUCCGACCUCGUUUCUCUCAGACCAACAGGCAUCGCACUUGAACGCUACGCCCCCGAGCCAUUCGCCUUUUAACCAGGCUCCUGCGUUCAGCCCGCCCGCUUGGCAAAGCACCUCGACUCCAUCUGCCUCCAUUCCCAGCUCGCUCCCCAAUCAGUAUUUGACUGCGAACCAUGGAUAUUACCCGCUGCCGACCUCGAGCAGCGGGAGUGCCUUUGUGGCCGGUCAUGGAUCCCCAUUCACCAACGUCGACCCGUCUUUGUAUCGUCAGGGAGAUGUACGUUCCUUCGGCUCAUCACCCGGGCUGUCUUCGACGGCCUCCCGCUCUGCUUCAGCCAUCGCUCCCGCCCCUCUCCAGCGAGGCUCGCCAGCCACUCCUUCUGCAGUCUCAACGCCUGGGACGUCCACGCAGGGUGUGGUAUCGCAGUCCGUUGCCAUCCAGCAACGCCCGCUGCCUCCCUCACAAUCAGUAGCAAAUGGAAAUGCCGCCGCUCAUGUCCGAACCGCUCCAAAGGGCACGCAAUCCGGGAACUUUAUCAUCGUAACCUUGGAAGACCUGGCAAAAGUCACCCCGUCCAAGAAACUGGCUAACUUUGCAAAUGUUGGCGACAUCCCAGUCGAUCUUAACUUGACAAAAGUGAACAUCCCACAGUAUGUUCCUCGGAAGUCACAAAAUGAGCUGAAGGCCCUUGCUGCAAGUGACCCCGCUCUUAAAGCAAAAAUAAUGAAGCGAGUAAGGAAGACAAAGUUGAGCACUCCAAAACCAAGUCGCCCACUACAGUCGACUUCCGGGAAGGGUUCGCCUGUGUCGUUGUCGUCAGAGACGGAAUCCUCGGAUUAUGAUUCUGACUCAUCUUAUGAUUCCGACGCUUCUCCCCCCCCAGAGAAAUCUCCACUUCCCCCAUCUCGGCCACAAAAGGCCGUGGAAGCAGUACGCUAUGACACGAUCAAGGCCGUGUGGUUGCCGCGCAACAAGUUUGCGGAGAAUGAGAAAAUUCUUAAGGGACUGGCGGACUUGUGGGAGGUUGUUCGGACCAUAAAGGAUCGAUGGAAGACAGAUCGUGAUGCUGUGAAGAAAGCACUCGAGCUGAAGCAAGACAGCGAGCUGCCUCUUUUGCGUGAACGUGUUGAAAAGCAGCUCGAACUGAUGGAAGCUGUGCUCAACGCAGCUGUCGAGUUCGGUCACCCUGACCUGCUAAGCGCCUGCGGCCAGAAUACAGCACUUAUGCUUGUCUGCUACCAGUUCAUUCUCGAACCGGUCCGUGAGGGUAAUUACACAGGCUCCUUCAUUAAAGCCGUCUUCAAGUUUCUUUCGCUCUGUACGAAUCUGAAUGGAUCCAUUUCCGAGAAAACUGGUCUCAGCAAACUCUUCACCCGUUCGAUCAAGCGCGGCAAUGAAGAAAUCAAGCUUUUAACCGCAAAGAUUAAUGAGAAUAUCGCCGCAUCGGACAAGAAAGCCAAGGCGGCGCGAGCUUCAGACUCAAAAACUGCGAAGGCUGCUGAUUCACCAAAAGCGCCCAAACAAGAAACCGAAGUAGUUGCUGGGGUCAAGCGGGCUCGUUCGAAUGAGGGGAGCGUUACGCCGCAAGCAAAGCGUGUUGCCUCUGGCACUACCGCUCCCGGUGGAAAGGACUCCGCUGCUGCAAAACUCGGAUCUGUCAAGAAGGUCGCUCCCGCAAGUUCUUCGACUCCAGCUGUUACCGCAAAGCCCAAAACCGUUAAGCCGGCAGCAACGACAAAUUUCUUCGCUGGGCUGCAGUCAGCCUCCAAGAAGCCCGGAACUUCGAACGCCGCCCAAGCAGCGAAAAAAGUUACGGCCGGGGCUACGGUCGAUAAAAAAGGAGCGGCAGCUGCCAUGCCGACACCUGCGCGGCCCGCAUUCUCAUUUGCGGAAACGAUGGCUACGCUAUCUAAGGAGAAGAAAGAAGAUGAUGAGAAGCCAAACAAGAAGAAAUCAGAGGAAACACGGCCGCCCGAAACUGAAGAGGAGAAGGCCAAGCGUUUGCGCAAAGAGGAGCGUCGAAAGCUGCGUGUUCGCUGGAAACCAGACUUUGAAUUGGUGGAGACGAGGACGUUCAGUCCCGAUCCAUCUGAAAUUUCAGGGAAGGCCCGCAAUGUGCGCGAUGUGGGCAACGGCAGGGAGAAGGAAGGCUUCACACUCAAGAAGCACAUGGACAUGAUGGAGGUUGACGAAGAUGAUGACGGUCAACCUAUGGAACAGACGUACUUUGAUUACCGCGAGCCAACAGCCGUUGACUUCAGCACGGUCCCGGAAGACGAAAGAUGUCGAAAUUUCGAACGCUUUGGUGGUUACCAAAAAGUCGACUCACCAGAGCGAGCCGUGCAGGACAAUCACGAAGCGAAUACACUUAUGGUCCAUUACCUCGCCAAGUCAGACAUACCUCCAAAUCCACGAGAACCAGCUGAUCCGUACACGGGCCCCCAGAUCGAGACCAAGAAUUUUGGGUAUCCUGAUAGCUCAUGCCCGUGGCUGCUCGCUCGCCUCAACCAGCAUUCCACCACUGCACCUGCUACCGUUCCGCAGAUUGACAUCACUGCCUUGUUGCAGUCCUUUGGUCAACAACCCCAACAAGCGCCACAGCCAACACCACAACCAGUCUCUGCACCGGCUUUGCCAGACCUUUCCACCCUCCAAAGCAUAAUUGCGAACGUCAACGCUGCGUCCCAACAAGCCAGUGCUGCCCAGCAGCAAAGCUUCUCGUGGCCGUCAGCGCCCUCGCAGCCUGCUUCGUCUGCCACGGAGCCUGAACAGCCCAGUUCGCUUGAGUCUAUAUUAGCUGCCUUGGGUGCUGGCGUGCAAGCCUCACAACCAACUACUACGACUGCACCACCCAUACAGCCGUCUCAACCGCCCCCGCCCCCGCCGGCACCGGCGCCACCGACCGCCGCUGUGCCUUCGAGUGACGUGAGCGCUCUUCUCGCGUCGCUCAUGCAGAAUGCACAAAGCGGCAGUUCGUCCACAGCAAGUCCCUUCCAGGGUUUGAACUUGACCACCGCUGCUGGUGGUGGGGGGCAAGACCAAACACAAGGUGGCAACUACUACGGAUCGGCCCCUGCGUCUUCUACAGACCAAUACGUCAGCAGUGCUGCAAACGGAAAUGACCAGGGCGCGAAUGGCAAUGGCGGAAAGCGGAAAUGGCAGGGCAACGCAAACAAAAAGUUCACGCACGCGUGCCGGUUCUGGAAGGAAGGCAAAUGCAAGAAGGGAGCUGAGUGCACCUUCCGGCAUGACUAAUGCCAGUUUAUCCACUGGUUCCCUGUUUUUUGCUCGGUGUUUUUAAAGGCAGCGCCUCUCCAUCUACAUAACUUAGCGUUUACCAGGCUUCGUUUGCGACGCCAUGUUAUCAUUACUAACAGUUUCAUCCUCUUAAUCAUAAGCAGCCUGGGAAUUAGGCUUUUCAUACACUCUUCAUAGACCAUGGGAGUCGGGUUGGCGCCAUGGCUGUGCCAUUGAUUCAUGUUGCAUCCAAUCUACGCGGCGCCGGCUUUUUCUACGGGAAGGAAAUACGGCUAGAGCAUACACAGCUCAUGGGGUGGGUGAUCCCGAGUUUUGUUUAGUAUUCAGGCGGAGAAAAGAGCAUUUGGCUGCUCUUAUCCUGUAGUUGAUACCAUGGCUAGGUUCAUUCCAAGAGCAAAAAAAAUGACAAAAAGGAAACGGG